CCGGUUGUCAAACAGUUGCCGAUUUCCUACUUGAUUACCGCAAUGGAGUCGAUGCCCAUGUCCGCCCAACCAGAGCAGCAGAAUGACGAAUCUCAGGCCUCUUCCUCCAACAGACCGCCCGUCGUGCGAGGGGCGAGGGCAUGUACAGUAUGCCGGGCUGCCAAGAUGAAAUGUGUUGGCUCCGAGGAUGGAACAAAGCAAUGUCAGCGUUGCAAGCGGGCUGGUGUAGAGUGUGUCUUUGAAAAACACCGGCGAGGCCGAAAGCCGGGGUCAAAGCUAUCUGAGGCCUCGAAGAUGCUUCGUCGGCUGGAGAAGGGACUUAACAGUGCGAAGCUCAAGUCUCAGGCCAACGAGAUGGCCAUGAGUUCUCCUUACUCUGCGGGAGAUUCACGCGGUAGUUUAUCCGACUCCUCGCAAUUUCCCAGCAUGAUGCGUACCGGCGAUCAGUUCGGGUCCCCGUCCUCGCAAUAUCAAGGAUCUCACCAACUCCCUCCCCUCCAGUUGCCUCCUCUCCACGGGGGUGAUGUCCAAGCCCGUGGCUCCAGGUCAUCUAUUGACAUUGACGAGGACGGGGACGCGGAUCGCCCCGACGACGCCAUGUAUCCUGCCAAGCUGAUACGCAAGGAAAAUCAGCGUAACUUGUUCUUGGAGACGAUCCUCAAUCCACGCCAUGAGACGCCUUCCGCCGCGGCGUCUACUCCCAGCGCUUCUGAGCGCUCUACUGGGUUUUCGCCCUCCUUGCCGGCGGCGCCGCCCGUACCUACUCCGCCUGGUGGACUCGCCGAUCCCAUCGCGGCCGGCAUUAUAACUGAGGAAGACGCCAGAACGUUAUUCGAUCUUGUUUACUUAAGGCUGAAUCCGUUCAUUUGUCUCUUCGACCCCGCUUUGCACUCUGUUAAUUAUGUCCGAUCGAGGUGCCCUUUCUUGUUUACUGUCCUUAUCAUGGCCGGGUGCAAGUUCUUCAGGGCAGAGUUGUACAAGCCUUGCCAGAAGCUGGCCAAUGAGCUGGCAGUGCGUGCAUUCGCUGAAGGCUGGAAAAGCGUGGAGGUCGUCCAGGCCUUCGCUUGUCUGUGUUAUUGGAAAGAGCCAGAUGACACCCGCACAUGGAUGUAUAUCGGUUAUGCCUGCCGAAUGGCUGUUGACCUAGGCUUGAAUCGUUAUGUCCCUAACCCGUUGCCGACCGAGACAGAGUUCCAACGUCAAGAGCGUCGUAAUCGUGAGAGGACGUAUCUCGUGCUGUUUGUUCACGAUCGUAGUCUCAGCAUGCAGACUGGCAAGCAGUGGAUGCUUCCCGAGGAUGACUUGGUACGAAACUCACUUACCUGGCAUGAAGAGGGUGGGGAGCCCAUUCGUCCGGAAGAUGUCAUCGUUGCCGCGUUCGUUCAGUUGAGACGCAUCGCUGCCGAAACCACAGAUGUCUUCUAUCUCCACAAAGGAGUUUCCGGCGCGCAGCAUACCGAUGUCAAUUACGAAGUCCUUCUCCGUAACUGCAACACUAAAUUGACCAAAUGGAUGGAUAACUGGGAGCAUGAAAUGCGGAGAGCCGGCGGCGAGAAGUUCCAUUUCUCCUUCCUUAGUUUCUUCCGGCUGCAUGUCCGGCUGUUCCUCAACAGCUUCGGCAUCCAAGCGUCUUUGUCGCCAAGCAGUCGCGCAAGUCCCAGUCUCCAGGCGCUCUCUGCUUGCUAUACCAGUGCCUUGGACACGUUGACUAUAGUCACGAGGGACUUCGCAUCCAUGAGCAUGCUUCGUUAUGGCCAAGAUUCCAUCACUGUCAUGACAGCAUACUCGGCAGUGUUCUUGUUGAAGUUGCUCCGCAGCUCCAAUACAUUGGCUGAGCUUCAUGACGACGCCACGAAAGAUAUAUAUUCGGUCAUAUCAAGCACGGCGGAUGCCUACCAGGAAGCAUCUGCCCUGUCCCCGGCGUCCACGUCAGCGGCAUAUCAUGCACGUUUCUUGCGGAGCCUCGUAGCCAAUGAUAUCUUCAAGGCCCGCCAGACCGAAAAGGGCAAGCAGGACAAAAUGUCGAUUGAUCCCCGGCUCCAGGGUGUCUCGUCUUCACGGCCCGUUGCCUCUCCCGGCGAGCCGCCGCAAUCAAUGUACCCUCAACCAAUGGUAUAUCACCACACGUUCCGCUUCCCUGCUUCUCCUAAUCUCCCUGCCCACCCAUUGGCACAGGAGCCUGGGGCCGCCCAUGUUGGUGUGGGCGGCACUCCUAUGGCCAAUAAUUAUGCACCAUAUGUCAAUAGCCACUAUCCCACCCAGCCCCAUAGCGAGCUGGAUGCUCACUAUUGGCGCAAUAUGUUCAUGGAUCUCGGGUUCGGGGAGACCGUUGAAUCGACGCCUUUCCGAGGUGGCCCUCCGCCAGGUGCAGGCUAUGUCAACGUUGAUUCGGUUCGGUCCUCUCAGCCUUUACAGCAUCGCAGUCCUCCUCAAUUGCCUUCGUAUCACUAUAUGCAAUCUUCCGCACCUGGAUUCGGACAUUGA